AAACCAGUCUCUGUUGCCGAAGAACGAAAAACCCUAAUUUAAUAUUUUUUGUUCUUCAGUCUCUAAAAGAAGAAAUUCAAUCUCAGAGGAAGAGGGGCAGGGCAGGGUGCUGGUUUCCUUGUCUAUUUCAGUUUCAUCAAUGCAUUAAUUCAUUGAUUGAUUUCUUCAGCAAAAUCCCAAACCUUCCUUCCCUUCUCCCCACUAAUCAUCAGAUCAGUCGUAGUUAUGGGAGAAAGGAUGUAGAAGAUAGUUCAGAUGUGAAGAGUGAUAGGGGCGGGGAUGAUGAAGAAUGGGACGUGAGUGACAAGAGGAAACACAGGUCUAUCAAGCCUAGGAUGUCCACCAAUGGGGAGGAUGCUGAAGGAUUCGAUGGGGUUGGGAGAAGGAGAACUUCAGGCGGGGACAGGAAUGAUAGUCGUAAGAGGUCAUGUGGUGGUGGGUCAAAUAAAGUGGGUAGUGAUGAAGAUGAUUAUGAGACGAGAAAAGAGAUGCGGUCUAAGCAGAUGAAGAAAAAACAGGAGGAAAGUAGUUUGGAAAAAUUGAGCAGUUGGUAUCAGGAUGGAGAAUUAGACAAUAAGCAGAGUGGAGGUGACAAGUCUGUUGGUAAAGGCCAUGGUCGCCCUGAUGAAAGCGAGAGAAGGAAAAUGCUAACAAAGAUCUCGGAGCAUGAGAGUUCCCGUAAGGCAAGUAAAAGUAGAGAAGAAAGAUCCUAUGAUGGAGAGAGUGAAAAGGCACUGGGUAGAGAUUCUAGAUAUUCAGAAAGGAAGGAUAGCAGCCGAGAGAAAGGUCACGGUUCUGCUGAGACAGGGAAAAAUUCUAGGAGAAGGUGGGAUGAAUCUGACUCCAACAGAAAAGCCGAAGAAAAUCAUCAUGAAAAGUCUGAUUUCAUAAGUGGAAAGAUGUCUGAUUCCAAUCACGAGUCUAAAGAAAGAAGUGCUAGAAUCGAACCUAGUGAGAGUAAAAGCAGAGGUUUGGAUUCAAACAGUGAAAAGGGUGCCAAAACUAGCAACAGAGAUGACAAAAGAGCUGAUGCAGACAGGGAGAAGAAUAAGAGUAAAAGCAGGUCAGAAGCUGCCAAAGAAGAUAACGGGGCUGUUCCUAUCACCUUUGAAGAUAGAUCAGGUUGGGAGAAAAUUGAGAAGCAUAGAGAGCAGAGAACUCCCACUAGAAAAGAUGUUUCUGAAAGCCGUGAAAGGUCCUCCAAUGCAGAAGAAGAUGGAAACACAUGGGUGGGAGAUAAAAGUGCAAGAGAAGUAGGGCGGUCUAAUAGGUCCAGGACUCCUGAGAGGAGCAUUAGGCAUCAUCAAGAAUCUCAACAUUCUGAAAUAGAGUAUGAAAGAGAUGUUGACACAAGACGGAAGGAUCAAGAAAAGGAUGGCUACAGGGAUUAUAGAUCAAAAGGCAGGGAUGACAGCUGGAAUGACAGGAACAGGGAUCGGGAAAGUUCCAAAGAGAACUGGAAAAGAAGACAACCUUCUGGUAAUGAUAGGGAGCCAAAAGACGGGGACAUUGCUUAUGAUUGUGGGGAUAUUGCUUAUGAUCGUGGAAGAGACUGGGAGCCAAGACAUGGUCGUGAAAGGAAUGACAAUGAAAGACCUCAUGGUCGAAGCAGGGGUGAAGCUGUGAAAACCUCAUCAAAUUUUGGGAUUUCAAAUGAUAAUUAUGAUGUGAUAGAGGUCCCGCUUGAUCAUGGACGACCAGAGGCUAGAUCCAACUUUGCUAGGAGGAUUGAGGUCAGUCAGCAGUCUGAUGUAAAAUCAGCGCCAAACACUGAAGAGUGGCCAUACAUGCAAGGUGAAAGGGAAAGAAGGAACGACUCACCUUUUGUUGGAGACUCAAAGGAGAAGUAUAGGGAUGAUGAUGCACCAUUGCGAGAUCUGAGUUCUUGGAGGGAUGAGGUUGAGUGCCAGGGAGGGAAAGAGAGAGGCCAAAAGGGGACCAUGCCCAGUCGCGGUGUUGGUGGUCAAAGUUCUAGCAGUGGUUCACAGACUCCAUAUAGAAACCAGGAUCCAGGCUCCUUAGGCAGAGGUCCUCCACAGGGAGUAAAAGGAAGUAGAGUAGGGAGAGGAGGAAGGGGGAGGCCUGCUGGGAGAGAUAGCCAACAGGUUACACUCCCGUUGCCAUUAAUGGGAUCACCUUUUGGGUCUCUUGAAAUGCAACCACCUGGAGCACUUCAGCCUCUUGGUCCUAGUAUGCCACAUGCUCCAUGUCCUCCAAUUAGUCCAGGUGUCUUCAUUCCACCUUUUUCUUCACCAGUUGUUUGGGCUGGCGCCCGAGGUGUGGAGAUGAAUAUGCUUGGUGUCCCCCCUGCUUUCUCUGCUAUUCCUCCUGGGCCCACAACGCCAAGAUUUCCCCCUAACAUGGGAACAAAUCCAUCAAACCCUACAAUGUUUUUUAAUCAAGCAGGACCUGGCAGGGAAAUGCCUCCAAGCAUACCUGGUCUUGGUUUUAAUGCUUCUGGAUCAGUAGGACGAGGAACACCACCAGAUCAAAAUGCCGGGGGUUGGAUUCUUCCUAGAAAUAACGGUCCUCCAGGUAAAGCUCCUUCAAGAGGAGAGCAGAAUGAUUACUCACAGAAUUUUGUUGAUACUGGUAUGCGACCCCAGAACUUUAUCAGAGAGCUGGAGCUGACCAGUGUUGUAGAGGAUUACCCCAAGCUUAGGGAGCUUAUACAGAAAAAGGAUGAGAUUGUGGCUAAAUCUGCAUCUCCUCCUAUGUACAUGAAAUGUGACCUGCAUGAGUUUGAGCUGUCUCCAGAGUUCUUUGGAACCAAGUUUGAUGUUAUUUUGGUGGACCCUCCAUGGGAGGAAUAUGUUCAUCGAGCUCCUGGUGUUGCUGACCAUAUGGAGUAUUGGACUUUUGAAGAAAUACUAAAUCUUAAGAUUGAGGCAAUAGCAGAUACGCCUUCUUUUAUCUUCCUCUGGGUGGGUGAUGGUGUUGGUCUUGAGCAAGGCCGCCGCUGUUUAAAGAAGUGGGGAUUUCGGAGAUGUGAAGAUAUUUGUUGGGUGAAGACCAACAAAAGCAAUGCAACUCCAGGGCUCCGACAUGAUUCCCGUACUUUGUUUCAGCAUUCAAAGGAACACUGCUUGAUGGGUAUAAAAGGAACUGUUCGCCGCGGCACUGAUGGUCACAUCAUCCAUGCUAACAUUGAUACCGAUGUAAUUAUUGCUGAGGAACCUCCUUAUGGCUCAACUCUAAAGCCUGAAGACAUGUAUCGGAUAAUUGAGCAUUUCUCUCUAGGCCGCAGAAGGCUUGAGCUCUUUGGCGAAGAUCACAAUAUUCGAUCUGGUUGGCUGACUGCUGGUAAAGAAUUAUCUUCAUCAAAUUUCAAUGCUGAGGCGUACAUCAGGAAUUUUGCUGACAAGGAUGGCAAAGUUUGGCAAGGAGGGGGUGGAAGAAAUCCUCCUCCUGAGGCGCCUCAUCUUGUUGUGACUACCCCUGAUAUAGAGGCUCUACGCCCCAAGUCACCACUGAAGAACCAGCAGCAAAUUCAGCAGCAGCAAUCAGUAUCUAUUUCUCUGACGGCAGCCAAUUCCUCCAACAGAAGGCCAGCUGGAAAUUCUCCUCAGAAUCCAAGUACUUUCAGUUUAAACCAAGAGGCCUCUAGUGCUAACCCUUCAACCCCAGCCCCUUGGGCAUCAUCACCAGUGGAAGGUUGUAGAGGACGAGAGGGUGGGAAUAUGCCUUCAGAAGACAAGGUCUUUGAUAUGUAUGGUUAUAGUGGGCAGGCAAAUGGAGAUUAUCUAGAUUUUGAAUCCCACCUACCUAUGAAUUUGUUGUAAAGAAACACUUGCAUAAAAAACUAGCCAAUUAGCUAAUGUAAAUGAAAAGAAAAUUCC